UUCCGUGGUUGGACAAAAUGGCGGAAUCAAUUUGUCAAGACAAAUUUACAUGAUUCACAACAGUGACGCCUAAUUUGUGUAAUGAGUUCGAUCGGAAGAACACGAUAGUAUUUAUUUCAAGGUAUAUAAGGUCGGAAACCGUCGGUAUUCUCCGAGACCUUACGUUUCAUUCCGACAGUGACGUCACGGAAUUGGUAGAAAGCAACAUCGGAGCGGGAAUGAGGUUGUAAUGGCGAAAAUUCACUGUCAUUCUUUACUUUCUGGGAGCUCAUGGAGUUCCUUCGAAGAAAAUUCGCCUUUGGACGAACCCGAAGCAAUGGAAGUGGACGAAAACAAUGGUUUGGGCUCUCCAGAAGCCACGCGAUUGCACCAAGAAGAUAUGACCCUUUUCGGGAUUUGCCCAGAGCAAGAGGAAAUCGUCCUUGUCGUUUGCAAAGAGUGUGGCAGGGUUGUGAAAGCGCCGGCAUUUUUACGGCAUUGUGAGCUACACCAUCAGAAAGUUAUUCCUGUUCCCACCCCAUCCUCCCCUGACUUGGUGACAACGUCAAGCUCAAUGGUGGAGACAAUUUUACAGACAGGAUCAAGAAAAGGAAAACCUCAUGACUCAGUCAUUACUAACCAAAAGAUUGAACUAAUGGAUGUCACAGUGAAGAUAGAAGAAAUGCCUUUGACUGUUCCAUGUCUAAAUCAUGGCUUCUCCUCCACUGCUGUUAAGACAGAAGCUCUGAAUAAUGUAAUAGCGAAGAGAAGUCCAAAUGAAAAAGUUACUAGCAAUAAAAAAUCUCCCAGGAAACAGGUUCCUACAAGAGAACGAGAGUUUGAUGCUGACAAGCAUUGUGGAGUUUGGGUAGCUGAACACCAGAAGAGAUGUACUCGUUCACUAACUUGCAAGACACAUGCCCUGUCACUGAGACGUGCAGUUCCUGGGCGACGGAAACCUUUCGAUGAACUUCUGGCGGAGCAUAAAGCACGAGUAAAUUGUGAAAAGGAACAACAACAGAAUCAGGCUCUCAAGCUGCAAGAGCAGGCGGCAAAUCAGAAGACACUGGAUGCUACUCUUAAAAGAGCAUUAAGUACCUCUGACUCAUCUGUUACUUCAUCUGCAAGCUCAAGUACUAAAACGCACAUUGGAAGGUCUCUCUCUGUAGAAGAUGAAAACAACCUUGUGAAUAAAGUUGUGAAAGGUUCUUCUGAUGGCAGCACUGAAAAUAGUGAUAGCAGCACAAAAUCAUCUGGUUUGACAACCCUUAGUUGUCAUCCUAAACCUAUGGCGUCUUGUCGCUUUGGCACAAGAGCAGUAGGGAAAGGAGGUUACGUCUUUAAUCGCAGAAGUGACCAUCUUCGAUGUGCUGUUCUUUCCAUGGUAGAGAGAUAUCUAAAUCCUUCAUUGCCAAGGCAAAAAUCUAACAGAGCAAGUGCCGCUAUUCUCCAAAGACCAACUAUGAAAACUGUGGGACAGUCAUCAAAUCAAGGUUUCUCUUCAGUUCCAGAGAGGUAUAAAAGCCACUCCAACAAAUCAAUGAACAAUUUUCUCAAAGCUCCACCCUUUCCUAGAAAUAAAUCAUUCAAACAAGGUAAUUCAGGACAAGCAGUCAAUCAUAUGGAGAAUGGUUUAAAUUCCUCAAGAAGUUCUGUAUUCCAAGGAUCUACGUUGCAAAGCAAGAGACCCUAUUUAGACUCUAUUGGUUCAGCGAAUUCGAAUAGCUUGGCAUCAACCACAUACAUCAAACCUGAUGCUAGUAGCCAAGCGAUCAGUGAUAUGGGAAACAUUGUUGCAAGCAUUGAGACUAAUGUGUCAGGUGGACACCCCCUUAGUCUUGGACACCCACUUGGAGUGGUGGUUACAAAAUCAUCAGUAGUCCCAGGACCAAGUUUAAGCGUCAGUGGUAAUGUAAACCCAGACUCAAGUUUAAAUCUGUGCUCAGCACUUGGGAUAAAUUCAGGUGCUGCACAGGGAUCUAUUUCAACAACACAGACUACUUUUGUUGCAAGUAAUGGUCUAUCCAUAAUGUCUGCAGCUAGUGGAGCUCAGUUGUCUGGCAUAAAUACGGUGACCGGUCCACUACAGCCUGGGUUGACAAAUGUGAAAGAAAUUUUGCCAGCCCCCCUGGUGGGAGGGAAGGUUGCAGUUGGUACAGUGUCUUCGACAUCAACAUCAUCGCCAUUGUAUAAAGCGAUCACAGCACAAGUGGAUCCCUCAAUUGGGCAAGUGACAUCAAGCUCUGCUGGUCAGAGUGUCAGCCCAGUGUUCUUUAAACAGGGUUCGGGUGCUGUGCAAGUUACUUCCAUGCCUAAUGGCACAGGUCUCUCCCCACCACCUCCUGGUGGAACAGUCAAAGGCUACCCCUUGAAUUUUGUCAUUAAGGGUAAUUCUGCAACUCAGGGCACAUCUACAUCAGUCACAGGAGUAACUGCAACACCUGCGAAUAUAAACAAAGGAAAAAAUCUGAUAUUUAAUAACAUGGGAUCCAUGCAUCAGUCACAGUUUAUUGUGCAGCCAUCUUCACAGAUGAGUCCAAAUAUGCAUCAGAGAGGUAAAGUUGCAAAUGCUCGCUCAGGAUCUAUACAUAAAGGAAUCCAGAAAGCGCCAUCUCCUUCAUCACAGGCAAAAGUUGUGCAGUCACCUCCAUCUCAACAGCCAAUCACAGCUCAGCAACAAAAAACGGUGGUUGUUACAAGUCCACAGGGAAACCAAACCAAAGUUUUCAUCAAUCAUAACAAUAUCACAAGUUCGCAACAACCAAUUGUACAACUUACCCAACAGGUUCAACAACAACACCAACAACAACAACUUCAACAGAUCACACUUCAGAAAAAAUUACACCAUCAACAACAGCAACAACAACAACAACAGCAGCAGCAUCUUCAGCAACAAAAACCACAUAUCAACUCGCAAUUCAUCAAACAACAUCCUAUACAACCUCGCUUAGCACCUGCACCACCAUCACAGUCAUUUAUCUCACAACAGCCCUUAACAGGUCAGAACAUCAUUGUUAAAGUUACAGAACAACUCAAGAGUCCACCAAACACAGUGUUUGCAACAACAGAACCACAUCAAAACAUGCAACAUGCGGUUUGCCAGAAACCACAGUCAAAUGUUGUGUGAUAAGUUAAUUUAUAUUAUAUUAUCUUGAAACUUGAAAGAAAUGAAUGUGAAAGGGUCAUAAAUUAAUAACUUCUAUUGGUAAGUGCAUUACCUUUCUUGUUUGCUACUGCAGCCUCAGCCCAUACCAGGCUUUGAAUGGAGAUGAAUAAAUGAUCAGGUCAGAGAAA